GGAUGCUUGAGAGAGAUGCUGACUGGAGCUGAACAGGAACGGAGAGUGAGAAAGAAAACUAUUAAUGAGAAAAUAAACUUAAACAGAGAGAUAGAUUUAUUGAGAAUUUAUUCCUAAAGCUUUGAAAAUGUCUGAAGUAUUCCAUCAGUUCACCAUGGGUCUACGUGAAUUUAUAAAGGAUUAUUUUCUUGGCUUCUGGGACUAUGAGACACCAAAGGUGAUGGUAGUAAAAAACAGAACUCUUGGAGUUAUAUACAGGGGUGUCCAGUUAUUUGUGAUCACCUAUUUUAUCUGGUAUGUCUUCAUAAGUCAGAAAGCCUACCAAGAGAGUGAAACCCGUCCAGAGAGCUCAGUUUACACGGCCAUGAAAGGCUCAGCAAUUCAGGGAGAAAAUGUCUUUGACACAGUGGAGUAUGCUCGACCCCCUGAGGGUGGUGAUGUGAUUAGCACAAUAUUGAGACGAGAAGUCACAUAUGACCAAAAGCAAGGAACCUGUGCAGAGCAUUUCAAUGUUGAGAAAGCCAACUGUACGACAGACUCCGACUGCAUCAGUGGAGAGCUUGACUUUGACGGCCAUGGCAGAAGGACCGGCAGAUGUGUCCAGUACUACAACUACACGUUCAAAACCUGUGAGAUCCAAGCCUGGUGUCCAAUUGAGGAGCAUGCUGUAGUAAGAGAAUCAGCGUUAGAGGAGGCCAUCAAUUUCACCGUUUUCAUCAGGAACUCUAUCCACUUCCCCAAAUUCAAAGUGCUCAGGGGAAACAUUAAAGAUGCUCAAAACAAACGCUACAGGCGUCAAUACCUCAAUAAGUGUCAUUACCAUGAGGAGAGGGAGCCCUACUGUCCAAACUUUCGUCUUGGCUACAUUGCAAAUCAGGCGAGGGAGAAUUUCAGUGAGCUCUGCAGGACUGGUGGAGUGAUAGGGGUUUUCAUCAACUGGAAGUGUAACCUGGACUUGGAUCCUUCAAACUGUAAACCUACUUAUUCCUUCCGUCGUCUUGAUCUCCGAAAAGAUCAGGCCAAUUCUGGUUACUAUUACAGGUUUGCAAAAUAUUACAGUAAGGAUGGGGUAGAGUCUCGGACACUUAUCAAGGCUUAUGGUAUGCGUCUGGAUGUCAUAGUUCAUGGACAUGCUGGUAAAUUCAGCCCCAUCCCAACAAUUAUCAGCACAGUGACUGCUAUGACUUCAGUUGGAAUUUGUACCAUUAUCUGUGACUGGAUCAUGCUGACAUUUAUUGACAAGAACGAGGUCUACAGUGACAGAAAAUUCGAUGAGAUUGUCAAGGUGCCCACGGUGUCCCUUCAAACAGAGCUAAGCUUCAUCAAUAGCUAUGGCUCAAACCAUUCAGACCUGUCAGAGGGUGUACCGCUUUAAUGUCGUCACCGUUGCCUCAGUCUCUGCUGGUCAAGAGUUUGGACUGUCCUCAACCAGCUAACUGUGGCAACAACUCUGAGAGGUUUGUUAGAUCGGUUAUGGACUGCAAGCAGCUUCUAUAAUGUGGUUAGUGAGAAUAAACUGUCAGAGAAGCAAAGAGACAAGAGGACAUCUCCUGAAAACAGCUGGUUCGCAGUUAAUUCACUUCAUAUAUUAUCUCUAAAUUUGAUGGACUCUAACUUUAUAGUGCAUCUAUUUGCCUUCUUUUCACUUUACAGUGUUUUGGAGGAUGUCUUUAUUUUCUCAGUGUGCAAGGACAAUAAUUCCUUGCAAAAAAAACUGUUUCAGUACACAACCAUACAAUCUAUACGUGUUUAUAUCGCUGUAUUGCGGACAUUGAAUACAUUGUCUGUAUCUAUCAACUCAGUUUUUUGAAAUAAGCAUUCAAAUUAAAAGGAAUUUCUCUGCUCUUGUAAACCUGUAUUAUUAGAAACAUAAAAGUGUGCACCUUG